CUCAAUGUUUGUUUCGGUUGACUUCUCUUUUCUCUUUUCUAUGGUUGUGUUAACCAGCUCAUCCACUUUGAGCAGCUCAUCCUCAUCAUAAUCUGUGUCAUCAUCAUUCAAUUUUCUCCAGUCCUCUUUUCCAGUAUCAUUGCCAACAUCCAUCUUCUCAGUGCCAUCAACAACUGGCUCACGUGCAUUGUUCAAGUCUCCUAAUAUUUCCUCAUCAGUUUAUUUCACAAGCUCUUCUUCCUGUGAAGAAAAAACAAAUAUAUUGAACGAUGGUCUUUGAGAAUAUAUCUCAUUCUCAGACACUUCAACAUUCUCCUUUUCAACGGUGCCAUCUUCCUCUGUGAUAAGUCUGUAUUUAGACACGCAUUUGAUGCGUGUUCGGGUCGGAUUUUGAUGAUUUUCUUAGCUUUAAGGCGUUGCAAGUCUCAAUUUUGGCUCAAGUUGUGUUUAGCUGGCGUUGGAUCGAGUUUCAUUGCAUUUGAAGUUGAUUUGAAGAAGUUAGAGUCCGGCAAUCGGCGCUUGAGAGGCAUUCGGGAAGGAUUUGAAGGCAUUCGAGAAAGAUUUGGAAGAUUUGGAGGCCACCGGGAGAUUCACGACGAAAUUCUGGUGAAGAAAGAGCAUUUGGAUCGACCUCGUAGGCAUUCAGAAGCAUUCGGAACAAGAAACGAAGAAAAACGAUGAAAAAAAGGUCAGGCACGACCGUGCCCAGGGGAGGCACGAUCGUGCCUGCAUUCAGAAUGAGACGCGGAUACACUGCCAGCCAGACACGAUCGUGUCCAGGGCAGGCACGAUCGUGUCUGCAUCCGAAGCGCGCGUUUGUUCCGCAGGCACGGUCGCAGGCACGAUCGUGCCUGGCACCGUGCCUGGCCGCGAUUUGUCCUAAUUCGACCCGAAUUCGUUGUUUUCUAUAAAUAAGGCCUCCAUACCCACUUUUGAGGGUUAAGAAGUUUGGAGAGAGGCCUAGGGACGAGUUUUACCUGCGUUUUUACGUUGUUUAAUCCAAGAACCUGGGAUUCUUUGUAAGUUCAAUUCUUUAAUUAAUGACAAUUAUUUCUAUUCAUCCCAAUUCUAUUGAUUCUUCAAUUAUGAAUUGUGAGUAGUUUAAUUAGGGAUUUGGGAUUGAUGAAGGGGUUAAUCAUGAUUGAUGGCUAGAUUCUUGUCGGUUUAAUUGCAUGAAUGCCGUUUAAUUUGUGUUUGAAUAAUUUAACUGAUAUCUCUUGUAACCUAGAUGGCCACUAGAAUUACAAUUGCUUAUAGAAUAAAUUAAGAGAGAUCUAAUUUGUUCUAGGACACAUUCACACACACUUAAUCGUUCGCUAAGAGAUUAGUAGCGAUUAAGGGGCCGUAAGCUCGUUCAUUUUGACAAUAAUUUAGGAUCUUGUCGCAUGAGAGAUCAUCCUGGACCCCUAAAUUAUUGUACUCUACGCCGCGAGAGCGGUAAGAACUUAGUAAUGAUUAGCUAGGCUCAAUUAAAUUAAAUUCAUGUGAUUAGGGCCUGUUCUGCCAGAAAUCUGGUUAACCCCAGAAUCAAUUCCUGUUCCCUUUGUCGUUAAUUAAGGAAAACCGAAUCUUUUUACCUGCUUCUUAGCAUUAGUUUUAAUUCAAUCAAUUAACCAAUCUCGCACAAUUGCACUUUUAUUUUAUUUAUUUCUUUUUAAUCGCUAAGUUUAGUUAAUCCCUUUUGUCCGUCCCUGUGGAGACGAUACUCGUACUUUACACCACUUUUCUACAACCAUUUUAAGUGCGAGAAAACACUCAUCAGUUUUUGGCGCCGUUGCCGGGGACGGUGUCGGAUUUAAGGGUUAAUUACUUUUAGCGACUUGUUUUUAGUUUUUCGUAGGAUUUUUGUCUACUAACCUUGCAGGUCAGAUCUGUUUAUGCAUACACGCUCUAAGAAGGGAGAAUCACUAGUCCCUCUUAAUCCUGAGAUCGAGAAGCUAGCUAAGCAGAACCGCAAGGCUUUACGAGAACAGAAAGCUACCAUGGAUCAACCAUCCGCAUCUGGAAUAGCUGGGACGUCUGAGGUCCAAACCACUUCCGGUAAUCUGGAUUUUUAUGUUAAUACCUCUCACCAGUUUUCACAAGAAAAUUCACCUAGAGCUUAUCCGGGGUAUCAAAAUCUCCGUACCCCAUUCUUCCCCCAAAAUCAGUCCACUCCACAACUAAAUCUUCCACCACUCUAUCAGCUCUUUCAAAAUACUUCCAUUGCUCCCGAAACCACUUUUCAAAACCAAACCUAUGGGAUGCAAUGUCUAGGGCAAAACAAUCCAGUCUUUCAGCCCAGACAGAACUAACCGCCAGUCACAAAAAAUCCACCCCCUACUCAGCCACAAAAUCAGCCCUUCCAAACCCAAUAUCAACAAUUCUAUCAACCCCAACCGCAGCCAAAUAUCAUCCGUCCACAACCCAUUAGACCACAACCAGUUCAUCAGCCGAGAUAUCAGGCUCCUCCGUACCACAACUAUGUCCCACAUGACAAUCCGCUCUAUCAAGGAGAGACCAUUGCAGACUUCCUAGCCCCCGAGAUUACAGAGUAUGACAGUAUCCAAGUACCGGGAAUUACUGCACCCCGUUACGAGAUCAAGUCGGCGGUAAUCAAUAUGGUCCUAAAUAAUCAGUUCGGAGGGAGCCCUACGGAAGAUCUAGUGGCACACAUUACCAAAUUUCUGAGGAUGUGCCAGACUUUCAAGAUUCCUGGGCUAGAUGAUGAUCAGGUACGGAUGACGCGUAGAGGUGGUUGGAUAAAAAUCCACAUCACCACAUUCAGACUUGGGAUCAGCUGCACAAGGCCUUCAUAAAAGAAUACUUCCCAACAUCAAAGGCCAUAAAGUUGAAGAAGCAGCUACAGGAAUUCAAGCUAGGUUCUUUGGAGACACUAGCUGAGGCGUGGAAGAGAUUCAAGGUGUUGAGAAGAGAUUGCCCUCAAGGCAAGAUGACUGAUUGUGAGGUUCUAUCUUGUUUCUACAGUGGACUCAACAAUGAAGGAAAGAUGAUGUUUGAUGCUUUGGGAGGUGGAGCUUUUCCUCAAUUGCCAUCUGAGGUUGCGGAAGAAUUAGUGGAGAAGAUUGUGUCUAAUAAUGCUUCAUGGUACAGCUCUCGGGACACACCUCACCAGAAGGCCCCGGGAUUGUACGAGAUCAGUGAGAAUUCUGCCCUUUCUGCAAGGGUAGAUGCUUUGACCAGUUUGAUUCAGAAGCUUGCUACAACUGUGGAAGACAAUCAAAAGAAGACGGAACUUGCUCUCUCGGUGCCCAGUGUGAAUAUGGUAGCCCCCGUUCCUAUUAGUCCCUCUUGUACUAUGUGUGGGGGACUCCAUUCGCCGCAUGAAUGCACGAUGAUGGCACACUCAGCAGCCCCUGGAGUAGAGCAAGUGGAUGCGAUGUAUUAUCAGCGCCAGGGCUACUACAAUCAGCCCUACGGACAGCAGCAGCAAGGGCAAUACGGGAAAGGAAAUCAGCAGCAUUCUAGAAACUUUAAUCAGCCCCAGGUACCUCAAGGCCAACAACAAGCACCUCAGCCGGCGCAAGGAAGCUUUAGAAAAGAGACUGAGCAAAGAUUCUCUAGCUUGGAAGAAACAAUCAAACAAUUAGCACAAAAUCAACUAAGGAUGGAAACUCAAUUGGGGCAGAUCUUUAAGGUUGUAUCUGAGAGGCCUCAGGGAUCCCUCCCCAGUAAUACUGAACCAAACUCACGAGAACAUGUUCAAGCAGUCACCUUGAGGAGCGGAAAAGAGCUGGAACCUGCUGCCACAACAAAGAAGCCCGAUGAAGUUCAAGUUGAACCGGCUGUCCGGGAGGAAGAGAAGGAGAAAGAUGAGGGAAGAGAGGUGGCGGCUACACCAAAACAGUCCGUUCUGGUAAAAAAUUACACCCCACCUCUCCCCUAUCCGGCGCGAUUGACUAGGAAGAACAAUAGUGAUCAGUUUGGUAAGUUUCUGCAUCUCAUGAAACAAGUGCAGAUUAACUUACCAUUCGUGGAUGCACUAGCUCAGAUGCCGAAGUACGCGAAGUUUAUGAAGGAUUUGCUCACGAACAAGAGGAGGCUGGAAGAAGCGUCUACUGUGACGCUUGAUGAGGAGUGCUCAGCUGUGAUACGGACAGAUCUGCCGAAUAAGCUUAAGGAUCCAGGUUCUUUUACUAUUCCCUGCUUUAUAGGAGAUCUUACUUUUGAUAGGGCCCUGACUGAUUUGGGUGCAAGCAUUAAUUUGAUGCCUCUUGUUUUAUAUGAAAAGCUUGCACUCGGUCCACUUAAACCUACACGUAUGUGCAUUCAGUUGGCUGAUCGUUCAGUCAAAUAUCCCCAAGGGAUUAUUGAAGACGUGUUGGUUAAAGUGGACAAAUUUAUUUUUCCGGUGGACUUUGUUAUUUUGGACAUGGAUCAGGAUCGGGAAGUACCAUUGAUUUUGGGCAGACCAUUCUUGGCAACUGCCUGAGCACUUAUUGAUGUUGGAGACGGUAAGCUUGUCCUCCGCGUUGGGGAUGAGUCUGCCACCUUUGACAUGUCCAAAAUAAUGAAGAGGCCCUGUCAAGAUAGUGGUGAGUGUUUUUACAUGGAUGUGGUUGAUUCUUUGGUGGAGGAUUGCAUUCCUAACAUGCUUUCUGAUGAAGCCUUUUUUGAUCUUCUUUUGGAUGAUAGUUUGUCAGCAGAGGAUCUUGAGCUCCUCCCUAGUUUUGAUUGUCUUAUGCUUGGUAAGGAGGAGGACUGAAGUGAUGCUAGUGAUGUGAAGGGGAAGGAAGAUGACUUAGCUAAGGUGGAGAAGGAAGACUGUCAGACUGAUUCUUCUAUUGUUACUCCUUCUCCAUUAAAUCUAAAGUCUCUUCCCUCCCACCUUGAGUAUGCGUUUCUAGAUGAUAGUUCUGACCUCCCUGUUAUUCUUGCAUCCAGGCUUGUGCCAUGCCAAAAAUCUGCAUGUCUUGACUUACUUUGUGAACAAAGGGAAGCUCUAGCCCGGAAACUUUCUGACAUGAAAGGAAUUAGUCCUGUUUUCUGCACUCAUAAAAUUUUGAUGGAAGAUAAUGCUAAACCGGUAGUGCAGCCACAAAGAAAACUGAAUCCUAAUAUGCAGGAGGUGGUCAGAGAGGAAGUCAUCCGUCUGUUAGAUGUAGGAAUUAUUUAUCCAAUUUCAGACAGCCCUUGGGUCAGCCUGACCUAGGUGGUUCCCAAGAAAGGGGGAUGACUGUGGUUAGGAAUGAGAAAGAUGAGUUGAUUGCUACACGUACGGUCACCGGAUGACGGGUUUGCAUUGAUUACCAAAGGUUGAAUGCCGCCACCCGGAAGGACCACUUCCCCCUCCCCUUCAUUGAUCAGAUUUUAGAGAGGUUAGCAGGGCAUAAGUUUUACUGUUUCCUUGACGGGAUGUCGGGAUACUUCCAGAUCCCCAUAGCCCCCGAGGACCAGGAUAAGACCACUUUUAUAUGUCCAUUCGGUACCUUUGCUUAUCGGAAGAUGGCGUUUGGAUUAUGUAAUGCCCCUGCUACCUUUAUGAGAUGCAUGCUUGCUAUUUUUGGGGAUUUCAUUGGGAAGUUUAUGAAGGUUUUCAUGGAUGACUUUUCUGUGUAUGGUGAUACUUUUGAUGAGUGCUUAGAGAAUUUGAAGAAAGUCCUGGUUAGGUGUCGAGAGGUGAAUUUGGUACUUAACUGGGAGAAGUGCCACUUCAUGGUUAGUGAGGGAGUGGUCCUAGGGCAUAAGAUUUCAAGUAGGGGGAUUGAGGUUGAUCCGGCUAAAGUUGAUGUGAUUUCUAAAUUACCCAACCUACUUCGGUCCGUGCCAUUAGGAGUUUUCUAGGCCACGCAGGUUUCUACCGUAGGUUCAUCCAAGACUUUUCUAAGAUAGCCCGACCCAUGACUAAGCUCCUUGAGAAGGACACACCGUUUGACUUCUCAAAGGAGUGUUUAAAGGCUUUUGAGUGUUUGAAGGAGAAACUGGUCAAGGCACCGGUGGUAGUAGCUCCUGACUGGUCUUUGCCUUUUGAGAUUAUGUGUGAUGCUAGUGAUUUUGCAGUAGGAGCCGUUCUUGGGCAGCGUCGAGAGAAACAAUUUCAGCCUAUUUCUUAUGCUUCUAAGACUCUCGAUAGUGCCCAAGAAAAUUACACUACCACCGAGAAAGAAUUGCUUGUUGUUGUAUUUGCUCUUGACAAGUUUCGUCCUUAUCUGAUUUUGUCUAAGGUAGUGAUAUUCUAUGUUGCACGGAUACGGAUACGCCGAUACGCAGAUACGCGGAUACGGGUACGGCGAUACGGCACUUUCAAAAAUUAUAGGAUACGGGUACGGGGGUAUAUUUAUAAAUAAUAAAAAUAUAGGGUAUAAUUUGCAAAUAUAUAUAAUUCAGGGGUUCAUAAAUAAAAUAAUAAUAAUAAUAGUACAAAAAAUUAACUAUUAUAAUAAAGUUUCAAAGAUUAGUCUAAAAAACUAAAGUAUUGAUAUUUUGAUUUAAAUUCAAAUAAUUUUUUUUGUUCUCUAUUUGCAUUUACAUCCAAGUCUUGUUUCAAUUAAAUAUCAUCAAGCAAUGAAAUGUCAAAUUAUAGUAUUCCAUUAUUUUUCAUACUCCCGAAACCAUCUUUAUCAAUGUUCCACAUGUUGUGGUCGCUUGGUUGGCUACUAAAUUUUCGUCAUGUCGUGUAUAAAAUGAGGGGUUAUAGGUUCAGAUACGUGUAUCGGUUCACGGAUACGGAUAUCGGAAGUAUCGGUAUUUUUAAAAUUAAGCCCGAUACUUUUAUUAAAUUACGGAUACGGACCCAAUAAGUACAGGACGGGUAUCGGUGAGUAUCGGAUACGGAUACGUAUCGGAUACGCGGAUACGGCAUCGAAGUGAAGUAUCGGUGCAACAUAGGUGAUAUUCACCGAUCAUUCUGCUCUCAAAUAUUUGAUGCAAAAAGUGGAUGCUAAGCCUAGAUUGAUUCGGUGGAUAUUACUACUCCAGGAGUUUGAUAUUGAGAUUAGGGAUAAGAAAGGGGCUGAGAAUUUAGUGGCUGAUCACUUGAGUAGGUUAGAAAACCCCUUUCUUGAUUCCCUGAGUGAGAGAGAUAUUGAGGGAACUUUUCCUGAUGAGAGACUGUUGAGGAUCGUUGAUGAGGUGCCUUGGUUUUCUGACAUCGCCAACUAUCUUGUUGGGGGUGUUGUUCCUUCUGAUUUUACACCUCAUCAACGAAGGAAAUUCUUUGCUGAUCUGAAGUAUUAUUUCUGGGAGGAACCAUAUUUGUUUCGUAUUUGCGCUGAUCAGGUUGUUAGAAGAUGUGUUCCUCUGAGUGAAGGAGUUGAGAUUCUUAAACAUUGUCACUCCGGACCGACUGGGGGACACUAUUCUUUUAACCGGACAGCUCGUAAGGUGUUGGAAUGUGGUUUCUUCUGGCCCACGUUGUUUAAAGAUGCUCUAACGUUUGUGCAGGAAUGUGACAGGUGUCAACGCACCGGGGCGGUUACCAAGAGGGAUGAGAUGCCCCAGAAAUUUAUAUUGGCUUGUGAGGUAUUUGAUGUUUGGGGCAUUGACUUCAUGGGCAUUGGUUUGUGACAUGCUUUUCAAAAAACCCACAAAAACCACAAAAAAAUGGAUUUUGGCCGGGCACGGUCGUGCCUGGGUAGGCACGAUCGUGUCUGCAAGGGGGAAAAUAACGCGAGCCUACUGCCAGCCAGGCACGAUCGUGUCUGGCUGGAGGCACGAUCGUGCCUGGAACGCGAGAGAAGCGUGCCCACUGCCUGCCAGACACGAUCGUGUUUGGCCUAGGCACGAUCAUGCCUGGGCAAAAUUACCGGACUACCCCCGCAAAUUAAAAAGAAUAACCAGGCCCCUUCCCCCUUCUCUCCACGCGACCAACGAGCAAAUGAAGCACUCCCUCGAUUCUUCUUCUUCCUCGACAACACCGAACAACGACCACCACCACCGGCCGAGACCACCGGUGACCGCCGCAGCUCCGAUCGACCGCCGCACACUCCUCUCCUCUCUCCUCUCUCCUCCCUCAAGGUAUUCUCCUUCUUUAUCAACCUCUUUUUCUCCAUUAAUGGAGGUUGUUCAAGCUUUGAAAAGUCCGAUUUUGCAUGAGCUCGAAUCUUAGGGAUUUUGACUUCUUUGUGUAAAUUGAGGCUUGUAUUGAUGAUAUUGAUGUUCUAUGUUGAUGAAUUUGCCUCUUUUGAUUGAAAUCCCUAAUUUUUGAGCUAAUUUAGCCAAUUUAGGGUUAAUUUUGUUGAAUUAUUGAAAAUUUUGGGGAUUUUGUGCUUGUUGCUUGAAUUAAGGAAUGAAUUAUUGUUUGUGAUGUUGAAACCUUGUUGUUUAGUCAAUUUGAGCAUAAAUCCCCAAUUUUAGGCCAAAAUAUGUCCAAUUUGAGAAUUGAGUUCUUCUCCUAUUCUAAUUGAUUCUUUAAUUCUUUUGGGAGGAACUCCAUUCUACAAACACUGUUGUGAUGAAUAAGCUUUCUUGUGACCUUGUUUAUACCGUGUGUCGUUGGAAAUUUGAACUUUUAUUCAAAGAACUUUUCUUUGUUAAAAAUUCAAACGUUUCAACUAUUCUGGUUAAACUUAGGUUUGUUCUACUAUGAUGAUAUUUUUGCUUGAUUAAUUACUGACGGGGCCAUUGCUGUACUUUGUGAAUUUGUUCUAACAUUUGGAAGCCCCGUUGGAAUUCUUGUUGUGAAUUGUUUUGACAGAUGGCACCAAGGCAGAAACACACUAGAGGUGGAGGUGCCGGCUCUAGCCGAGGCAACACCGGCCGGUACCAGCCGAGGUUCCCGCAACUGCGGGACGAGCUGAAGCAUACGGAGCUGCUGCAGAAGAAUAUGGGCACAUUUUACGUUCCGGAUGCGGACUCACUCACGGCAGCAGGAGUGAGAGAUGACGUGAUGUUCUUAUUGAGACGGGGGUGCUGGAGGCACUUGUUUUUCGGGAUCCGUGACUUGACCUAUCGAGAGAUUACUUGUGAGGUGCUGGCGACGUUCAAGAUGCCGAAGGUCAUACCUAUUGAUGACAACCAUAGGCCCGUCAUUAAGUUUCGGGCAUUCAAGGAGGACCAUGCCAUCUCCAUGGCAGAGAUGCGCUAUCAUUUGGGCUUUACGGGGAUUGAGGAUGACGGUCAGCACGAAGCCUCUUUGACAGACUUUCCACCCGGCGUCAACCGCCAAGCAUUUUGGGAGUCCAUUACGAGAGAUGGCGGGAUUUACAGACCGGAGAUGUCCCCUAGCACCCUACUUUACCCCCACCAGUACCACAUUAUUCACACCCUCCUUUCUUCCACCAUCACCGGCAAGGUCGAGGUUGCCGGUAAGGUCACUCAGACUGACCUCUUCUGCUUGUACUGUAUGAUCCACAACCGCAAGCCCCACAUGGGCUAUCUCAUCGCCAAACUCCUCCACCGCCAGGCCACGAAUCACAUCAAGACCAUCUAUGUUGGCCAUUCAUUACGAGACUGUUGACUGGGAUGGGAUUUGGGGAUCGAUUUCUGAGGAUGGAGGAGAGAUCUAGUUUUGUUGCUUUGACCCGGCUCCCCGAGGUCAACACUGGCGUGGCAAGGAGAAGGACGCAGCCGACAGUAGCAGCAGCAGCAGGAGGAGGACAGCGAGCUGAGGAUGAUGAUGAUGAUGACGAGGACCAUGAGGAUGAUGAUGAUGUGGAGAUGGAGGCAGCUGCCCACGAGAUCCCAUACGAUGCACCCCCCUACGGCACCACCUUUCCCGAUUCUUGGGCGGGGAUGCAUGCGCAUCAGGAUGCUGUGUAUCGACAGCUGUCCGCUGAGCAGCACGAGAGAUUUGAUCAGAUGCGCUUCGAGCAGCAGGACUUCUACAGAGAGAUGAGGGAGGACCAGACACUCCAUUAUUCACAACUCCAGUCUCAGUACACCCGGAUUGAUGAGAGAUUCACUUCUAUGGAGACUAGCUGGAGUUCGUUCUUCGAUGCCUAUCCACCGCCACCCCCUCCCGAGUAUUAGAUUUCAUUAGACUGUCCUCUGCUAGCAUCUGUAUCAUUAUUUUGUUGGAUGACUGUACCGUAAACACCAUCACACUCACACUUUCACUUUUUCACAUUAACUCUCUAUUUUGUGUUUUGCUUUGUGUUCAUGAUGUGUUGCAGCUUAGUGAGAAAUGUGCCGAGCGAUUCAAGACCCAGUUCUGUUCCUGACCGACCAACGCGAUAGGGGAGUUUCCAUGAUUCUUUUUACUCGAUGCGUAAUGUUAACUUGAGUUGUUUUUUAGCACGCGUGACCCUUUCCUCUUUACCCCUAGUACAUAAUGCAUAUUUGGUCAUCGAGGGCGAUGCCAAAGUUUAAGUCUGGGGGAGUGAAUUGGGCAUUCGGGCAGUGGUUGUUACAUGAGAUUUAUUAGAGUUAGCAUGCGCGGGUGUUAGUUGUAUAUUCAGAGGAAAUUCAUGCAAAAGUUUUGAAAAUUUUCCUUUAAACUGUGUCUUUGUGAGCUGGCUAGCGUUUUGACUAUGCUUUUAGAACAUCUUUUAAGUGUUUAGGCUUAAAUUGCUUGCACUAUAAUCUAGUUGAUUGAGAGGAUGAAGACAUUAGUCACACAUUGAAUUUUCCAUUAAUCGUCCACCCCACCUGAAAGAACCCUUUAGGAGAAGCCAUUUUGAGCCUGACCGUUUAUUGUUACCCAAUUAAUUGAGCUCCAAAGCCAAAUGGCCUGUUUCCUUACCCGUGAAUAUUUCUAACUUAGUCUUGAUGUUUAGGGAACUAAGGGAUUAAUUUUCAAAGUUUAGGGAAUUUGUGUAGGAGUCAUUUUUGGCACUGUUCCUAUACCCCAAAUAGGGUAAGAGCAGACACUUUUUAGGAAUAUGAUACUUUCGAGGAUUGCAUUGUAGACAUGGAUUCACUUUGAAAUUAAUGAACUUAAAUUGCUAUUUUUCCUUGGUGAGGCCGAGAUUAGAAUGGGGUAAUGUCUAGUGAGAAUCCGAAAGGUGAAAAAUUAAUAUAGCUAGACCUCUUACUUUUCGAAAAAGAGAAUGGAAGCCCCGGUCAAAAAGCGUAAGAUGAGACUUGGGUAUCUUUCGAAAGAAAUGGCGUUCUCGUGCCAACAUGACAAGGAAAACUAAACAUAAUUAAUGAACUUGGAGGCUAUUGAAAAAUUAGCUUUAGUCCUCCGCGUACUUCAAGUAUACGUCAAAGCACAAAUGUGCCGAGACGGUUUAGCUUAGUUGUACAUCAUGUCUACUCUUUGCAUAGGUUUAAAUGAUUGUUCCUAAUUUGUGGCCUACUGAGUUCCUUAUUCCUAAGAGUAGCCCUGAAAUUCCUAAAUACAUUAAGUCUUUGUUAGAAUAUUCCUAUCUCUCAAAAUAAAGAGACUAUUAUUUUUAUCCAUUCACCGCCACCUUCACAAGUCCUUCUGAUCAGUAGUUAGCUUAUUUGUGUAUGCUGCCAUUAUUUUGAAGAUGUUGUGAAUAAUUGUGUCAAAUAGAUUAGCUUGAGUACAAAGAUGUAGUUUAGGGAAGAAUUUUCUUGGUUUAGAUUGUCUGUCCUGUGAAUAUCCCUUUAACUACGUAUGCAUGCUAACUAUUUUAAAUUCCGUGUGGUGAUUAUCG